AUGUAUCACAUUGGAAUGCGUUGGGGAAACUGGCAGCUGCAUCGGCACCUAAUCUUUAGAGGGAUUCGAGGUUUGCAUCGCAGUUCGUCGCCGACCGGUCGACCUUUCAAAGUAUUAUUUUUUGGAAGAGACGAAUUCUCGUGUCUGGUACUCGAGCAGUUUCACGCAGCGGAAGACGUAUGGGAUGAGAUCCAGAUCGUAACACAGCCGGAUAUGAAGACAGGCAGACAUGGCUCUAAAAUAUCUGUAUCACCGCUGAAAAUUCUCGGACAACAAUUGGACCUUCCUGUACAUUCAAUACCGCCGGACAAGCCCGGCUUCAGGAGUUGGAAGCCUCCGCAACCAUUCGGAACUGGAGAAUCCUCCACACAGUCACUUCCCUCGGCGGCUCAUCUCCUAAUUACGGCAUCCUUUGGGCGUAUCUUGCCAACGUCACUCUUGUACCAGUUCUUGCCUUCAAGACGACUUAAUGUACACCCUUCUCUGCUUCCUGCUUACCGUGGUGCGGCACCCAUUCAGCAUGCACUGAUCGAAGGGCGAAAAGAGACAGGAGUAUGCGUCAUACAGAUGACGGAGUUUAAGAAGGGAAUCGAUUCUGGAGAUAUCUGGGGAAGUAAACGUCUGCCAAUACCAGACAAUAUUGCAUUUCCAGAAUUGAGAGAUCGUUUAGCACUGGAAGGCGGGAAGCUGUUGGUGUCGGUCCUCCGCGAUAUGAUGGCAGGGAAGGCAAACUCAAUACCUCAGCCGUUUGAUCCAGCCGCUCCUCGCGCCCCCCUCAUCAAAGCGGAAGAUACCGUCAUAAAUUUCAAGACGAUGUCUGCGGAAGAUAUCGUGAGAUGCUACCGAGGGAUCUCACACCAGAAACCUAUUAUGGCAUACCUGAAGACGAACAGAACACUUCAGUUGCACUCUCCGACUAGUCUUGCUGAAUGGCCAUCAAGAUUACGAGGCUAUCUACCGGAACCUGGGACAGCUACUUUUCACCCGCCUUCCAAGAAUUUGCUCAUUCGAUGUGCGUCAGAUACGCUACUCUCCGUUCCGCAGGUGAAACAGCAAGAUCGUUCGCUGAUCAGCGCAAAAGAAUGGUGGAACGGAGUAAGACCAGGUAUGCGUUUGAACGGUGGAGAAGAGGGCCCUGUUCAAUUGCUCACAGCGGAGCAAUUACACGACCUCACCCCUUGA